CAGGUGUACCGGACGCAGGCGUCAACCAGGCUGGCAGCGCUAGAGGAGGCAGUGGAGGGGAGGACGGCUUCCCACCAGAGGGAGAUCCUUCACCUGCAGAGGCUGCUGAGCGAAAGACAGGAGGCUGAGGAAAAACUGCUGCAGUCCAAACGGGAAAUAGAGGAGGAGCUGGAGGCGGUGUGGCAGGCAGCAACAAGGGAGAACCAACAAAUGAGGGAGACUAUGUUGGGCUCCAAACUGACCGAGGACCCGCACUGCUGGGAACUGUGCGGCACAGCCUCUCACGGCUCCCCGGCACGGGCUUCAGAUGAGAGCCCCUCAUCCCCCCGGCAUCAGCACAAGCACGGGCUGGAUUUCUACUGCUGA